AUGUCCCAAUCAUCCCAAAGUGCAGUGUGCGAUCAACUUAUGACGAAACUAGACUAUGAAGAAGACAGGGCUGCAAUGACUUUUGUUCGACGGCGACGAAUUGUGGACGAGACUAAAGCUCGAGUGCGGGAGUUGAAAAAUCUUUUCAACAAAAAUCACCAAGAAUUGGCACCGCUCCUAUCGCAAUUUCAAGAGUCAGUGAAGAGAGGAGAGCCAGCGUAUUGCAGAGAACAUCUUCAACAAGCGAUCGAGAAGCAUCAGCGAAGGAAAGACAAGCUCGUUUGCGAAAUUCAAGAGCUCGAGCGAAUGCUGAUCGAUCGAGCGAACUUGGACUUUGCAAGACCGCAAUACUAA